UCUCCCUUCAGCAUGAGGAGGAGCUGCAGGAGAAGAUGGAAAAGGUGAUCAGCUGUUUCCAGAAGAGGCCAGAUGCAGUUUCCAGGCUGAUCUGCUUCCCCUGGGCAGGUGGAGGCUCCAUCCACUACGCUCGCUGGGGAAACAUCCUCAGCUCCUCCACGGAAGGUUACAGACCACACCUGAGUUAUUCCAUGUUCAUGUCAAGUUCUGAGUUAUGGUGACAGAUAUAGAGACAGUGAUAGAUAGAUAGAUAGACAGACAGACAGACAGACAGAUAGAUAGAUAGAUACUUUAUUUGCUUUACAUUUCUCUUUGUCACGGCAGUUGAAGUUAAGACAGUUAAAACAUCCCGACUGAACAUUUAGACACAAAAUCUGCUCACAGAAGCUCUGAAAUGUACAAAAAAACUUAGCAGGUAAUAAAAUAUUUGGAAUUUUUAAUGUAAAAAUGUGCAGAGCAA